AUGCUCACGCCAGAGCUCACGCCCUCUCAAUCUAUUGCCUCUUCUCCUUCUUUGCCCCCAACCCCAGACCCCUGCCCGCUGGAUCUUGUGAUAGCCAACUACAACGAGUGCUUGACGUGGCUUUCGACUUGUGCUAGCCUCGCAACCGUCUACAGCAAGGGUAAACUUCCACCUGAUCUGUCAAUAUUCCGAGCGGUUGAGAUUCUGCCCAACUGGGGUCGAGAAUCCCAUACCUAUCUCCACCACAUCGUCCACAAAUACGACGACCUUGCCGAUGUGACACUGUUUCUUCAGGGCAACAUCCACGACACGAAUGAUGGCACACCGGCACACACAGCCCUCUCCUUGGACGAGAUUGUUCGAAUGGCCCAACGCUUGACAGAAUUACCCGACCUCCUCGGCAAUAGCAUUUGCAUUCAGAACCAGCCUCAAGAUGGCGUGUUAGCACUCGGCAAAAUACACUCCUUCGCCGACUGGGACGGUGUCAAAUACCUACCGGACUGGAUCAAGAGACGCGGCAAGGGACUUCAACGGAGCCCAUACUCGCCGGAGCAGUUUUGGAACUACAUACUCAACGAUACCACGGAUAACGAGGAUCCCAGAUGGGUUGCGCCGCCAUCCGAGAUCAGAUGGACGCAGGGUGCUCUGUUCGCAGUGACCAGACAGACCAUUCAGCGACAUCCCAGAGCGGUCUACGAGCGAGCAUACAGCUACUUCCACACGCUGGCACACGUCAAUCCCGAGGAAGGUCACUACAUGGAACGUUUCUGGCUGGGCAUCUUCGGUCAACACGAGUUCAACAACCCUCAGGGAAAGCUUUAUAUUCCUCGACCUUUGAAAUUGUCAACAGAGGGGGCCGACCCUCUUGCUGCCGAAGAACACAGCGGAGCUGUUGAGGAUGGAGAUGUCAUCGUGUUAUGA